CUUGUAAACCUGGACACUGCGAAAAGGGGAAAUCCUGCUCAAGAGGAAUACUGACGUAAACAAUCACAGAUAAAAAGCCUGCUCAGCCGGAGCCUCUGCAGCAAACAGAGAGCUUUGUGGAGAGAUUUCUUUAAUCUAAGAGAAGAAGCGAUAUACAGAUGUGGACACUUUGCCUUCAGAUGGUCGUGGUUGGUGUUUUUAUGCAGAUGCCAGGCUGCUUCCCGUCAUGCCUCAUCACAGGCUCCAUCGCCCACUGUGGGUUUAGAAACCUGCGCUCGGUUCCGCCUCUUCCCCCCUACGUCACCCACUUGUUCCUGGAGAACAAUCGGAUCAGUGAGAUCAACGCCACCUCGCUGUACGGCCUGGAGAACCUGCGGGUGCUGGACCUCGGGCAGCAGAAGGUGCCACUCGUGAUCCGGAACAACGCCUUCAGCGGACAAACCCGCCUCAGGACGCUGGUGCUCGGGUCAAACCCCGGUCUCCAGCUGGAACCGCUGGCCUUUGCCGGAUUGUCCAGUCUCCAGCGUCUCCACUUGGAUUACUGUUCGCUUAACGAGUCCGUUCUGACGGAGCGUUAUCUGGAACCACUUGCGUCUCUGCAGACUCUGGAUCUGUUCGGGAACCAGAUUAAGAGACUCUGGCCUUCGGCGUUCUUCGCGAACAUGACUGAUUUCACCAACCUGAAACUGGAUCUGAACCAAAUCGAUGAAAUCUGUGAGUCUGACCUUGUUGGCUUCAAGGGAAAACACUUCACACGUUUCAGCCUUAAUAGUGUCUACCUGAGGAACAUGUCGAAAGACAGUUUUGACUGGCAGAAAUGUGGGAAUCCCUUCAGAGGAAUGUCGUUCGAGACUCUCGACUUGUCCUACAGCGGACUCAGUCUGGAUAAGUUAAAUCUGUUUUUCAGAGCCAUCGAGGGGACGAACAUAUCUCACCUUAAAGUCUCUGGACACAUAGGGAAAGGAUUCUCAUUCAACAAUCUCCCAGAUCCAGACCUCCACCACUUUGAAGGCCUGAAAAACAGUUCAGUCCUCUCCUUGGAUUUGUCCAAGAACAGAAUAUUUGCACUGAGUCGUGGAGUUUUCAGUCCACUGGCAGAUCUCAAAACUAUAGAUCUUUCUCAAAAUGAAGUGAAUCAGAUACAUAGAAAUGCCUUCGAAGGUCUUCAGGGUAAUUUGAAAAUGCUCAACCUGUCACACAAUCUGCUCGGGGAAAUCUAUUCCCACACCUUUGCCUGCCUGACAAACCUGGAAAUUUUAGAUUUGUCUUUCAAUCAUGUCGGCGUUUUGGGUUACGACUCAUUUACUGGACUCCCAAACCUGAAAUUCCUGGAUUUGACCGACAACUCCUUGCAGGGAUUAGGCUUUCCCUCGUCUUUACCAAAUCUAGACGUCCUUAAUCUCAAAAACAACAAGCUGACUUCCUCAUCGGUGAACACCAUCCCUCAGUUUGCCCGUAACGUCUCCUCUCUGAACGUUCAAAACAACAGAUUUACAGACCUGGGGGACGUUCACACCGUUUCCCAUCAGAUGAAACGCCUCAAGCUUCUUUUUUAUGGGGGCAACACGAUCAAGUGGUGCACGCUUCGUAGGCGUGUUGCUCCAGCUAACGUUAACGUUCUGGAUCUUCAUGGCAGCUCUUUGCAGUCUAUCUGGGCUCAGGGCAAUUGCCUGGAUCUGUUCAGCUACUUUGGAAACGUGACCAGCCUCAACUUGAGCUCCAACGGUUUGAGUUCCCUUCCUGGGGGCGUCUUUAAGGGGCUCGCCUCAGUGCUGACGAUGGACCUCUCAUCCAACGCCCUGACGUAUCUCCAACCCGACGUGUUGCCCAAACGUCUGGAAUCCCUCAACCUCUCCAACAACUUCCUGGCUUCCCCGGACCCGGCUGCUUUCCGCUCGCUCAGCUUCCUAGAUCUGUCCAAGAACAGGUUUUUCUGCAGCGCUGAUCUGAAGAGCUUCCUGACGUGGCUGAAACAGACCAAGGUGAAGUUCCUGGGUCCUGUAGAGGAGUUCAGGUGUGCAUUUCCGGCUGGUUUCCGCGGUAUAUCACUGUUGGACUAUUCUGCUCGGUUAAAAUGGCAAUGAGGGCUAUAACAAGGGAUUAAAUGUUCACUUUAUCUUGAAAUUGAACUGCACUGCAAAAAGGGAUCU